AUGUCUGAGAUCCGGCAGUUACUGCAUGUGAUCUUUCCAGGGAGACCCCGCCCGUAUGAUUAUCGGGAAAUGCUGCACAAUGCCACUUUCUGUCUGGUUCCUCGUGGUCGCAGGCUUGGGUCCUUCAGGUUCCUGGAGGCUCUGCAGGCUGCCUGUGUCCCUGUGAUGCUCAGCAAUGGAUGGGAGUUGCCAUUCUCUGAAGUGAUUAAUUGGAACCAAGCUGCCGUCAUAGGCGAUGAGAGAUUGUUAUUACAGAUUCCUUCUACAAUCAGGUCUAUUCAUCAGGAUAAAAUCCUAGCACUUAGACAGCAGACACAAUUCUUGUGGGAGGCUUAUUUUUCUUCAGUUGAGAAGAUUGUAUUAACUACACUAGAGAUUAUUCAGGACAGAAUAUUCAAGCACAUAUCACGUAACAGUUUAAUAUGGAACAAACAUCCUGGGGGAUUGUUCGUCCUACCACAGUAUUCGUCUUAUCUGGGAGAUUUCCCUUACUACUAUGCUAAUUUAGGUUUAAAGCCCCCCUCCAAAUUCACUGCAGUCAUCCACGCGGUGACCCCCCUGGUCUCUCAGUCCCAGCCAGUGUUGAAACUCCUCGUGGCUGCAGCCAAGUCCCAGUACUGUGCCCAGAUCAUAGUUCUAUGGAAUUGUGACAAGCCCCUUCCAGCCAAACACCGCUGGCCUGCCACUUCCGUGCCUGUUAUUGUCAUUGAAGGAGAAAGCAAGGUGAUGAGCAGCCGUUUCCUGCCCUAUGACAACAUCGUCACAGACGCUGUGCUCAGCCUUGACGAGGACACCGUGCUUUCAACCACGGAGGUGGAUUUUGCCUUCACCGUGUGGCAGAGUUUCCCCGAGAGGAUUGUGGGGUACCCCGCACGCAGCCAUUUCUGGGACAACUCUAAGGAGCGGUGGGGCUACACGUCCAAGUGGACGAACGACUACUCCAUGGUGUUGACGGGAGCUGCUAUUUACCACAAAUAUUAUCACUACCUUUACACCCAUUACCUGCCAGCCAGCCUGAAGAACAUGGUGGACCAAUUGGCCAACUGUGAGGACAUACUCAUGAAUUUCCUGGUGUCUGCUGUGACAAAAUUGCCUCCAAUCAAAGUGACCCAAAAGAAGCAGUAUAAGGAGACAAUGAUGGGACAGACCUCUCGGGCUUCCCGCUGGGCUGACCCUGACCACUUUGCCCAACGACAGAGCUGCAUGAAUACGUUUGCCAGCUGGUUUGGCUACAUGCCGCUGAUCCACUCUCAGAUGAGGCUGGACCCCGUCCUCUUUAAAGACCAGGUCUCUAUUCUGCGAAAGAAAUACCGAGACAUCGAGCGGCUUUGA